AUGUUACCUCCUGCACUUGUCACCAUAUACAAACUAUAUAAACAAGACACAGAUUAUGUAGCGACAUGGCUAGCACAGACAGCUAAGGCACAUGGCUAUCCUAACGCAUUAUCAGAGAUUGUCGAUAUGUCGAAGGCUAGGUCAAGGCGUCUGAAAGGAAAGGCUAGGAAAGAGGCGAAAAAUAAAGGCACUAACCAGUCUCUGGAAACACAGAAGACGCAAACAUACAUCUUGGCCGUCAAGGAUUUUAUUCCACUGGCAGUUUUCAUCGCAAGUCAAGCGGAUUCCGUGAUACAAGUCCCUGAUCUUGUUAUAAGCAUUCUUAAUCGGAUCAUAGAAGCGAGAACUUAUCAUGGUCAGCAAUUGAACGAUUAUGGAGGUCAAGUUGGUGCCCAAGAAGAUGAAAAACAUCAACACUUCAUCAAAGUUUUAGAAAAGGUGCGAGAUACGUUGAAGCCUUGUACACGCUCACCUCCACAAACAUCUGCGGCUGCAGAGGCCCCAGGAGAGGAGCCGAAUGGAGUAGAGUUAGACUUCGAUGCUCUUGCAGUAAGCGGGACUUCUCCAAGUCUUUCAGAUGCUCUCGGGAUUCAAAGCCGCCAAAUUCUGGCAGGUGACGGGGCAGUGUACGAGGCAGAACCACAGGCAUCCUUCGAAAACGCUAUUGUUGCUUAUACAAUGAUGAUGAACGAUAUACAAGACAUUAGAUCACGCAUCCGAUGGAUAUGGGAAAACUACAAGAAAGGCCUAUUCACCCUUUCUGGAGCGGCUGUGGCUACCGAUACUGCCAUCGACCUUGCACGCAGCGCCACAGAGGAAGUUACCCCACUGUUCAAAGAUCAUAAUGGAAUUGGAGGGAUGAUUCACAGCUUCUUUCACUACCGCUGCCACCUUAAAGGAUACGAGGAAAAUGAGAUAUAUCUAUCGGAAGAGGAUAAUUUCAACUACGAUCUAUACGAUAUAGCCGACGAGGUUUAUAUGAACGUCUUUAGGAUUUUGAAUAGUUUUGCUGGAACUCUUGUUCAAUCAGAUGUCCCCAUCUACAAUGAUGGAACGUUCGGUAACUACGACCCAGCUAGCAACAGGGAUCUUAAAUCUGGAUGGCAGAAAUUCACCGAAGAUAAAAUUCUAUUACUGGAAUUCUUCACCGAGCUCAUCACAGUCGCUCGGCUCAUCCCCGACUACCCAGUGAAGGAUGGUUUUCUGUGUGGCAUGGUUGAACUGAACAAGACAGGGGCGUUGCCUUUCUAUCUCAUCUUUGCCGCUCAGGUCUUCUUAGAUAUCCAUCAUAUCCUUCGCGAUCAAGCGACUCUCGCUUCUGAGCAGGUACUGCGUCAGGUCGCAAGAAUGCACAGCGAGCUUAAAGAACACCUGAAUUUCCAUACAAAUCUUAAUAUUGGUGGAUGGCCCGCAUCUAACGAUAUAAUCAUUCGGGAGCUGCAGAGAAAUAUGAAGUGGAUUAAUGGCGAUCCUGUUUAUAAAGCGUAA